AUGGAGUCAUUCUUUUUGUCCGAGACUACCAAGUACCUCUACCUCCUCUUCGACACAGACAACUUUUUGCACACCGUCCCCUCAGAAGAUCGCGUUUCCGGCAUAAAUUCAGCUUCUCCCUCGCCCACCUGGGCGUCAUCUGAACAGCUGUGUGAGCCGGAAAGCGGCGGCUACAUCUUCAACACCGAGGCCCACCCUCUUGACAGUAGCCUCAUUCAUUUGAAUACUAUGGCCGCUAAGGUUGGCAGCGAGGAGUGGCUGUCUUCCCUGUGGCAGGACAUGUCUGGAAUUUUGAUGCUCUCACCGUCGGAGGAAAAGUAUCCACCUGGCUAUGUUCCACCUCUUAUGCGGCGUUCACCGCCUCUCAUGACCUGCCCCAACAUUCCCUUUUCUGUACAACUGAUGUCUUUCCAGGAUUUAGAUACGGUUGAUUUGCGUUGA